CCAGUAUGAAUCACAGCAUUGUCCACUGGCCCAACCAGCGGUCCCUUUUACUUGGACGCACUAUCUCUUGAAAUCAAUCUGUCCCAAUUUACGUAGGUAUCAUUCCAUUAAUGUGAAUUUCAAAAAUAUGUACAUUGUGAUAAUUAAAGAUAGCAGUAACGUGCCACAAUGACAGUGGAACAGUGAGAUUUAAUGUUGUGUCGACUACACGUGCUGCAUUUGUUAAUUAAUCAUGUCGGUUUUUUCCCAGUUAAGAAUUUCUUGUAACAAACUUACCCUGCUUUGGUUCGUAUUUAGUAUUGCAUUUUUUGUCGUAAUAAUAAACACGGCUCUUUAUGAAGAAAUUUCUUCCAAAUAUUUUUAUUAUAACGACACCGGCCACACAACGUAUUGGGGGCACGUUUCGCUAAUCGAAAUAUAUUCAAGUGCAGGAAAAGUGUCGUAUUCUGAAGGAGACACGUUUCAGGAGGAUGGCGGAUUUCAACGCGUCGGUGACGAUGGGUUGCACGUGUACUCGGCUUUCUUUGGGAACAACAAUACCAGAAAGUUGAUAAUAAUUGGAAUCGAUAAAUCCAAAAGUGAAAGAAAACUCGAAUGCGGAUUUCACCAAAGUAGCGCAAGUAUUUUAGCCGAUGCUCACACCAACGCGACCAAACGGAACUCUGCUGAUGGAUAUAAUACUGGGUUAAAAUAUUGCCCAAUAUUUAUUGAAUGCGACAUCCCGGAAGACAUUCAGCAUCCAAAUUAUGUCUCAAUAAAUGUUUUCGAUGCUCCUUUAAAUGAUUCUGAUAGAAGAAAUAUUUUGAAAAUUCACUACCCUCCGGAACGCCCAAUCUACAACAUUUCCGCCUGCCUCCAACCACUUUACACGAAUGAGAAUGUGACCAUGAUAAACCCGCUGAGAUUAAUUGAAUGGCUAGAAUUCCAGUUAAUGAUGGGAGUCCAACACUUCACGUUUUACAAUAUAUCCGCACAUCCAAUAAUUUCGAAAGUUUUAAAAAGUUACAAAGAAGUCUCCAUCAUUCCAUGGAACAUACCGUUCACCGCACGGAACGAAAUCCGCGCCAGGGGCCAGUACAUCCAAGCCAACGAUUGUUCUCAUAGACACCGCGGAGUCUCAAGAUUCGUCGUAACACUGGAUUACGACGAAUUUUUAAUUCCUAAUCAAAAUAUUUCCGACAAUUUUCUUCCCCUUUUCGAGCACAUCUUGGAUCUGGAUGAAAUCAAAAAUGGUCAAAAACUAGUCACAAGCUUGCUGUUUCAUGCGGACUUUUCCUUCACCACGUGGCCAAUGGGAGCAAAUAUAUCGUCACAAUAUUAUAACACGAACUUUCUUCGGAUACCUACGAUGACCAAUUUCAUUCAGAGUGGACAGCCACGUUGUCUUGAUUUUUCAGGGCGAAGUUUGUCCAACUACCCGAACACGUUGUAGAAUCGGGGGUUCAUUUUGUAAAACAAGGUGUCCCUGGUUCGAGACAAUACGUCGCUGAAAGAAAUUUGGGGCGUUAUUUACAUUUUCGCGAGUGUACGGAAUUCUUUCAAAGGAUAAAUCCUACCUUGCCAAAAAAUGAGACUUGCAAUCAUGACGCACAUUUUGUCGAAAAUCUCGAUGCCGUAGAAAGAUUUGGUGAAAAGAUUCUGACCAGAGUGGAUAAAAAGGUGAUGAAAUUAGUAAAAAAUGAUCCACAUAUUGAGCUAUAUUUUAGUGUAGUAGAUUAGUUGGAUAACGAAUAUAACGAUCUGUCAGAAGUAUUAAAUUCAAAUUAUAAUAGCUAUACAUUUUGUCUCCUUUCUCUACAUUUCUUUUCAAAUUUAGUUAAAACAAAGCUGAGUUCAAAAGGGGAAAGGUUAGAAAUACUUAUUACACCCCUAAAAAUGUGGACUACUAGAAGAUUAGCAAAUCAUGUCAAUAGUUAUUUGUAUUCAUAUUUCACUUAAUAAACAGAAUGUAGAAUUAAGAGUUAAUUUACUUUUCAAAAGGAUAAUGUUUUUACAGUAAAUAACGAAAAUACGUGUACAAAAGUAACGACCAAUGUAUUACAACAUAUUACUCAAAUGAAUAAACCAUCCUAUACAUAAAUUGGGAUUGAGACUCUAAAUGUAAAAAAACAUAUUAUUAUAAACUGUGUUUUUUAC